AUGGCCAAGUCACACCUGCUGCUGUGGCUGCUGCUGCCCACACUCUGUGGUCCAGGCACCGCGGCUGUCCAGACCACCUCAUCCCUGGCCUGUGCCCAGGGCCCCGAGUUCUGGUGCCAAAGCUUGGAGCAAGCAUUGCAGUGCAGAGCCCUAGGGCACUGCCUGAAGGAAGUCUGGGGACGUGUGGAAGCUGAUAACCUGUGCCAGGAAUGUGAGAACAUCACCCGCAUCCUCACCAAGAUGGCCAAGGAGGCCAUUUUCCAGGACACGACACGGACCCUCCUGGAGCAGGAGUGUGACGUCCUCCCCCUGAAACUGCUGGUGCCCCAGUGCCGCCACGUGCUGGACACCUACUUCCCGCAGGUCAUCGACCGCUUGCAGAGCCUGAUGAACCCGAAGGCCGUCUGCGAGCUCGUGGGCCUGUGCAAGCCGGGGCAGGAGCCGGCGCCGCCAGGCCCUCUGCUGGACAAGCUGGCCCUCCCCGGGCUGCCUGGGGCCCCCCCGGUGAGGCCUGGGCCUCAGACACAGGACCUCUUUGAGCAGCGGUUCCCCAUCCCCCUCCCCUUCUGCUGGCUCUGCAGGACUCUGAUCCAGCGGAUCCAAGCCGUGAUUCCCAAGGGUGUGCUGGCCAAGACUGUGGCCCAGGUGUGCCACGUGGUACCCCUGGCGGCGGGCGGUAUCUGCCAGUGCCUAGCCGAGCGCUACCUCGUCAUCCUGCUGGACCGCACGCUGCCCCAGCUGGUCUGCGGCCUCGUCCUCCGGUGCUCCAGCGAGGACGGUGCCGUCCCAGCCCUCACCACUCUGGGGUCCCUGCCAGGAGAAUGGCUACCGCAAGACUCUGAGUGCCAGCUCUGCCUGUUUGUGGCCACCCAGGCAGGGAAGAGUAGGGAGCAGGCCAUGCCACAGGCAAUGCGCCAGGCUUGCCUGGGCUCCCGGCUGGACACGGAAAAGUGUAAGCAGUUCGUGGAACAGCGUGGGCCCCAGCUGCAGACCCUAGUGUCCGGGGGCGGGGAUGCCCACACCGCCUGCCAGGCCCUGGGGACGUGUGCGACCCCGUUCAGUCCUCUCCAGUGUGUCCCCAGCCCCGACUUCUGAUGAGAACUCAAAGCUGUGCCAGGCCAAACGCGAGCCUCCUGAGGGCCCCUGGCAGCACCAUCACCAGACGACCUCUCUCGAACCCGCUCACCCCUCUGCCCAGAAUCUCUGCAGCACUCCGUG